AUGUCAUAUAAGUCUCGACACCGAUUCAACAAUAUAAUGCAUGUACUUGAAAUAAGAGUUGUACUGCAAGCUCACCAAACAAAGGAAAUCGCUGAAUCUUCAACGGAAAGAGGAAUUCUUAUCCAUAGUCAAGAGCCUUUGACUGCAGCUAUGUUGGCAAACGCACCUAAAAAUGAACAAAAGCAGAUGUUAGGAGAACGUUUGUUUCCACUUAUUCAAAAAGUGUACCCUGACCAGGCCGAAAAAAUCACUGGCAUGUUGCUAGAAAUGGACAAUUUGGAUUUAUUAAACAUGUUAACGUCCAAGGAGUUACUGGAGGCUAAGGUACGAGAAGCCAUCACUGUUCUGCAUGAUCAUAAUGCUAAUGCAAGUACCACUUCUACCGAAAUUGAACCGGAAAUUGAUGAUCGUCAAAUAACAGGUCCAUCUCCCACUGGUCUAUCAGCAUUUUUACCACUAGAAAAAGCAAGCAAAGAACCGAUCACUGCAGCUCCUAAUCCUAAUGGCGUUUCAAAGCAAACAGACAGUUGUCUAAGAACACAGUUUGGAAACCAACAGCAAUCUAUAAGACAACCAAACAUGGUUAUUUCCCAGGCACAGCCCGGCAGUAUGAUGACCCAGAUGUUUCCGUCAGCCGGACCCGAAUAUAUGUUUCCCAAUGUGUCACAGGGUCAGACUGUUUUCAGUCCCCCCACUCUGAUGACAUUUCCUGCACCAGUUUAUGGACAAUAUCCGUGUAGUACUAAUCAUCCACUGGUUCCUAGAUUCUUGCAGACAAAUAUGCGAACGGGUAGAAAUUUCCAGGAUAACUUAUCAGAAAAUUUGCAGCGAUCAGAAGUUGUCAGACCAGACAAUGUUAAUGAAGAUAUUAAUUCUGCUAUCAAUGACAUCAUAUAUGAAAUAGCUUUACGGCCAGGCAACUUAGAAGAAACCACGGAUUUAAUUUCACAGAUACUACAAAAUUGCUCUGGCGACCAAGUUCUAUCAAGUAUUGUACAUGUCGUCGAACUUUUGUUUGAAAAGUCCAUAUCUGAGCCAAGAUUUCAAUGUGUUGGAGCAAAACUAGUUAAGCUUUUAUCUAAUAAACUAGGGACCGUACCAGGGUUUGCCAACUUUAAGAAUUUUGUAUUUACGAGAUGUAGGGAGGAAUGUUUAAUGAUAGACGCCUUGUUAUCGAACCCAGUUUCUGUUUGUCGAUUAUGUGGAUUUGCAAAUUUUAUAACAGAAUUGUUUCUAAAUUGGGAAGAUAAAACUGGAAAUGUUGUACAUCGAAUACCUGUCUUCCGAUUUGUGAUGCGAGAUUUACUGCUAGUUCUACUGAAACAUCCAACAGAUGAUAGUGUAACAUGUGCUACAGAUAUACUGAAGAGAGUAGGACCUGUGAUAGAAGAAACAACGUAUUUGAAUAGUGUCGAUGAAGGAAGUUUUAGUGAAGUAUUCUUACGUCUAAGCCACUUGGAAUUACAUCACUGGUUACAUGAGACAACGAAGUGUUCAAUAACAACGUUACUAAAACUUAAGUCCCGUGAUUGGGACAGAACAGAUUCGUCACAGCUUCGUUCAAUACUUGUUCCUCAAAACGAGCAAGCUGAUCAUGAGUUGGAAAUUCCUAUUGGUUCCAUAAAAUUGGAGAACAAUGAAAAUGAGAGUGCUGGAAAAGAUAAUCAGAAAUCAGGGAGCAAUAUGGAUGACAAAUAUAUAUGUAAAAUAUGUUUUGAUAAUCCAGUAGAAGUCACAUUUUUACCAUGUAUGCAUGUGUGCUGCUGCAAGAAUUGUAGCGACAAGUUAAAAGUGAAACAAUGUCCAAUUUGUAGGAAAAAGAUCAAAGAAAGCAGACCUUUGUAUUUUGCUUGAAAAAAGUGUAUGGCUUUGAGUUAAAAAAAUAACUGAUGUAAAUGCUUAAGGAACAUGCCACUGCUAUAUUGUAUUUACUCAGUUGUAUUUUUUUGCAAUUUGAGAUCCAUUCAUUGAAGGAAUUGUAUAUUUAUAAGGAAUGGAAACGCAGCUUGAGAUCAAUCAGGAUAUCUGCAGAGCACCCGCAGAGCUAUAACCCAUGGCUGACUCGGUCUUAAGUAUGAUGAAUAAUAUAAAGAAUCAUGACGGAGGUCUAUUUUCUGUCAUAUAGAUCAUUGUAGAUCGGUCUUGUAAAUUCACGGGGUCAUGUUGAGGAGAUUAAAGAAGAGAGAACCCCAAAUCAAGAAUAUACUUCUAUUGAAUAUUUUAUUAUUGCAAUUCUGAUUCAAAUAGACGUCGGUCUUGAAAUCUGAGCGAGUUUCAUCCGAAAUACAAAACAAAAAAUACAGUGUUUCGAUUCUUUUCUAAAAGCUCCAAAACUACGAAGUGCAAAACAAAUUAGGUGAUGUCAUUAUGAAACUGGAAAAUUAUUCUAGCAAUUUGCCAUUUUCUUAAGUUUCUGUUAACAUUUCUGAACGUUCUACGAUUUUCGAAAUAUCAGUUUUGAAUUUCAUUAUUCUCCAAAAAUUAUUUCAAUCUGAGGGUGGAAUAAGAUUUAUUAAAAAUAUUGGAAAGUAGAAAAAGCAAAGUGAUAAAAUAAAAAGGGACAUUCUCCUACAAUUUGGUCUAAAUUACGAAUUCUAAAUGUUAGUGGUACAAUGUAAAUGAUUUUGUUUCGAAACAUGUUGAUAAUUUUCAGUCGAGCGUCAAUUUGUGCGUCAAUAAAUAUACAAACACGCCGUAUUUUGGUAAGGGUUAAAUAACAACUUGAAAUAGAUGUAAAAUUUUCAUACAAUUUAAAAGCUUAAUUUUUUUUUAUAAUACAUAGAGUUUGUUACAUGAAAAUGGUGAUCACAACGAAUUUGCUAUAUAUUUUUUAAAAUCCCAUGUUUAUAGUUCAAAUUGACGCCAGUCCAAAUCCUUACCGUCAAAUUAGAAAAUCACAGGCAAAAAAUGUAUAUAAGACUUCCGAUUGGGAUUGGUUGUGCCGUUUUAUAUUAUGGAUUAUCGUAGAUCAUCUCUACGAGAUUAAUUGUCUCGCUUGAGCCGUUACGGUGAAAGCGAGAGAAACAAUUGAGUUGAGAUGACCAAUGGUUAUUUGAUUAUCGUUAUUUUACCUAUGACGACGUUGUCAAUUUCAUGUCAAUUUUAUUUGCAACGCGCACGUGUUCACUUAGUUUCUAUCGUUAAUUUGCAUAUCACUCGACUCCGCUGCGAAAGAAAAUUAUCAGUCAGCAAGACUGAAGGAAAAUUUCGUAAUAUAGCGAUAAACAAUUUUAUUCAUUUAUUUUGUUGUCAAAUACAAUUUUUAGUCUGAGUCGUUGUUUGGCAUUUCAGUUUGCCAUUAUUAAGCGUUUCCGCAAAUUACCAUUAGCUUAAUAGCAAAACAGUUCCUUCCUUUUUUCUCUCCCAGAGCAGUAGUCUACAGGUCGAAAUAAAUAUUCAUUCGGUGUUAAACUAACUAAUGUUUCAAUGUGUGAAAGAUUUAACUGUUUCUAAUUUAGUUUUUAAGGCACCACAGCAUACUUUAGCAUUAGAUAAUGAACAGUUGCGCUCGCCGUUAUUUGUUUUUUACACCGUAGACAGUUGACAAAUCAGACCAGGAUCAUAUAUAUUAAAUGUUAGAUAUACUGUUCCCAGACCAGACACAACUUAUAGUAGUAUACACUUGUUUAAUAUAAAUAUAUGUACGAAAAAAAUAAGAAUAAUAUGUUAUACAUUGGUAUACCUGCAUAUUGGAUAUCCAAUAACGGUGUUUAUAAUAACACCUAUAAUCUUAGUUCUUAUAUCAAGAUAACAUACUACAUCUGUUCUCCAUUCAUACUUUUCUAUACCAGUCAUAUUCCAAAUUUAAACUUAUCGUUUAACUUUUGGCAUUCCCAUUAGUUUCUUUUUAAAAACUCGUAUAAUGUCGGAUUUCAUCUACAAAUUGAUCUUAAUUGAUGAAUACAUAAGGGUAAUAUCAAGACGAGGAACAGGAAUAAAACUGAUUUUCAGAAAUUACUUUGUUUAAGGUUAUAUCUUUUGUUUAUUUCAUUUAAGCCAUUGCAUAUCUAAAUAGACAAUACCUUGUUUCAUUUCGUGAUUAAAUGACCAAGUUUGAUAACUGUUACAAGAAAAAUAAUAAUCCAGUUAGAGCGACGGGUGUAAUUAACGCAAUACCUUGUUUCAUUUCAUGAUUAAAUGACCAAGUUUGAUAACUGUAACAAGAAAAAUAAUAAUCCAGCUAGAGCAGUGGGUGUAAUUAACGCAAUACCUUGUUUCAUUUCAUGAUUAAAUGACAAAGUUUGAUAACUGGUACAAGAAAAAUAAUAAUCCAGUUAGAGCGAUGGGUGUAAUUAACGCAUCGCCCAAGUCAAAGAUGCAUCAUACAAUUUUCUUUGAAGUCGGCCGCGUUUUCAUUCCUUUUAAAUACUGUGGAUUCAUUAUUAUUCGUGGGAUACCAAUUUUCGUGGCUUUCGUGGGUACUGGUGAACCACGAAAUUAAAUGUUCAACGAAUAACAAAUUUUAUAUAGGCUUGUAUGUAGACUUCGGCAAAACCACGAAAUUAAAUAUCCACGAACUUGCAAGUUUUCCAUAAUCCACGAAAAUUGGUACCCACGAAAAUAAAUGAAUCCACAGUAUAAAAUUCCUGAUGUAUUCAAUCAAUCGCGUUUGAAGAAUUUUACCUACCAAGAGCCAUGUGUCCGAUUGAAGAUUCAAGCAGGAGUUGCUUACCAACUCUGACAAAUAAGACCAUUCCAUGUUUUUGUAAGGAAGAAAGGGGGUCGAAUAGCACAGUUGUAAAUCUUUUGACAAUGUAUAUUUUAGUAAUUUGUGAACUUGCUUGUCUUUUCAUCUUUCUAUUACUUUGCAAUGCAUUGUUGCGUUAUAUAAAUAUUAAAUGUUCUGUUUUAUCCCCCGGCUUAUUUUUCAAUUCUCAUUUGUAUUGUUACACUUCAGAGGAUUAUAAAAUUUGAAAGAAACAAUAAAUCAUAUACAUGAUGAGAGAGAAGAGAUAGUUCACUUUGCAUGUCAAAUAGUUAAGGUAGAAAGAGCAAAACCAACAAUUAAACAUUAAGCAAAAAAUGAACAAUUUUAAAGUUAAUUACGCCUUAUGUAAUCCGGGAUUUUGAUUGGCUGAUAGCCAGUGUAUUUUUCACCAAUUUACUGUUAUAAAAUGAAUAUCGUCCAUUUUUUUAACGCCGCCGGGGUAUUUGCCAAAAGGAUAUGCCUUUUUUACCCUCUCCUGUCGUGGUAUUUGCAAAAAAAUACUCUAUCCGACUUGACGCAUGUUACUUCACGAUCAUCAAUGCUUUAUUGAACAUAAACAUUCGGUGUAAGUAAACAGAUAUAUCAUGUUCUUGAGGGGUAUUUGCGAAAAAUACCAGUCUUGAGAAUGAAUUUCCCUUGCUUUACGACUCGCGAAAUUUAACAUUCUCUCGACUGUUUUUUUUUAGCAAAUACCCCUCCUUAACAUGAUAUAUCUGUUUAAAAAACUACACUUUACCCUCACCAUCAAUGAUCAAUAACAUGAACAUUUGUUUUGAUGUUUUAAAUUAAAUUUAAAGUACAUUGUUUUUGUAAUUGUUAUUCAGUGGUUAACAAAUUAUACCUUUCUUUUUUUUUUCAUUUUUAGCCAUGGCGUUGUCCGUUUAUUUUCGAAUCAUGAGUUUGACUGUCCCUCUGGUAU